AUGGCCUUCAACUUGGAAAGCCGGUUUCCUAAGGCCCCAAAAUACGUUACACUUCUGGAUCCUGGAGCUUAUCAAAUAAGUGAUACUGAUACUAAAAAAUGGAACAAAAUUGCAUUUAAUUCAUCUACUCCGCGAAAUAUUCGCAAUGAAAAGAAAUUAUGGACGCACGCCAUUUAUAAUCCUGAAUACAGGAAAAAAAUACCAAAUUGCCCAAGUAUGAUGUCACGACAGCCACGUUUUCCAUAUGAAAGCUAUACCAAAUUUGAUUUGGUAGAAGAGUUUCUUUGCAACUGCGGAGUAGAUAAUGUCUGUACUUGUUCAAUGAAAACAGAAUUGGUCGACAGUGUAAAAUGCCAAGGGAAAAUUCCAAAACGUAUAUUUAAAGGCCUCACACUACAAUCCGCAGUAAGUGCUGAUUAUCAAUCAGAACCACCAGUAUCAAAAAGUAUCAAUAUUAAUACUACUGGCUUCAAUGGUUUUUCAACUGAUUUUUAUAGAGGAUGGAAAUGGAGUAAAUGGACUUCUCCACGCUUAAAAUACUCAAUUGACCAGAGCCCUGGACCUGGAUACUAUGAUAUCGAAAAAGAACCAGAUAAAACGAAACUUUGUGCUGAGCAGUGUAGAUUUCACAAACGUAAAAAAUCAAAACAACUUCGUUUUAUCGAAAUGAUUCAGGAAAGAAAUAUAAUUGAAGGGAGGCCAGGACCAACUGAUUAUGAUCCAAAAGAAAUUAAAGCGGGAGAACAAAAUAUAACAUUUGGUAAGUGUGUUAGGUUUUGUAAAUCAAGCACUGAAAUAAGGCCUGGACCAGCAGAUCACUCUUUGCGUAGAGAUUUUGACUUGAUUGAAAAUAAUGUUGUUUGUCAUGCAAAACUUCCAAACCCAGCUCCUUUCAAUGUUAGGGCUGAUAGAUUUAAGUCCCGAAAAGAUGAUGGCCCUUGUGCAGCCACUUAUUCUCCAAAACCAAUUUCGUGUAAUUUUACAAAAUGCACAGCUGUGCCAUUUGGUUCCUCUGCAAGCAGAUUCAAAGAUCAAUUUGAAAGUGAUCAAGAAGACCAGUCAGCUAUUGACGAUGAAACAAAUGAAUUAAAGUCAAACGUCCCACAGCUCUCAUCAAAUUUCAAAUCAAAGACUGUUCGAUUUAAGCCAUUGGUAAAAAAAAAGGAUGAGCCCAGCCCAGCAGAUUUAGGACCAGUAGUUAAUAAAAUGUUAUAUAGAUCGUUGCCGCUGCAGCAAAUGGCACCAUUUUUUUCUUCAGAAGGCCGUUUUAUGCCGUGGAGAAAUUGGAUAUCGAUAUUUGGGAAUGUUAAAACCCCAGGACCUGGAUAUUAUGAUGUAACAAAUUAUUCAAAAAAAAACAUAGCAGUCCAUCAUGGUCCACUUUCUCGUAGCUUACGUUUCAAAGUACCUGUAGAUCGAACACCUGCCCCUAAUGCUUACAUCGUUGGUGGUGGUAUUGAAACUAUAUUAAGAAGCCAUAAUCAUAGAUUAAAAGAAAAUACGACGUCACAUCAGGCUUUAUUUUCAAAAGAGCCUGCACCAUUUCAGCUUUCAUUAGAAGAACGUGAAACACUUCUAAUAAAUAAAUCAAUAAAUUUACUUAGUGUUGACGAUAAUUUCCAAAACUGA